AUGGAGGGGAGCGGCGGCAACUGGAGGCCGGCGCAAUCGGACGGCUCCGGCAUAACCAUGGACGCGGCGGCCUCCGGGGACUGGAGGUCGCAGCUCCAGCCGGACGCCCGGUCACGGAUCGUCAACAAGAUGUUAGGCCUUCUGCUUUUUGCCUUCUCCUUCCGCCGUCUCGUUUUGGUGCCCUCGGCCGAUGGGUAUUCGUCGGUUUUUUCACGUUCCCGCUUAUCUCGGAUGGUAAACAAGUCGAUCUGUUAGUACCGUUGAGCUUUUUUCUCCGGGACGGUCGUGCGGGCAAUUCGGCCCGUCCGACGUCGCGUAGACGGGCAUCUGCAGAGUUGUUUUAUGUUGUGUUCGGGUUGUGUAAACUUCGUCGUGGUUUUCUUUCGAGCUAACUUAUUUUAAGGUUUGGAACUUUCUUUAAGGGGUACAAUGGGGCUGCCUUGGCUACUAAUUAUGGGUACUUUCUUGAUUCUCGCUGUGUUCAUGGAAAUUCCUAAAAUAUAGGGUUGCUGUUUUUAAUCACCGAACUGGCAACUUUGUAAGCUUUCAGAUUUGAACUCUAUUCGUGAUCCCAGAACGUCAAUAGACCUCUUCAUCCGAGGGUAAGAGAAUUUCGGCUGGGCCACUGGGGUGGGUAGGGGCGUGUAUUUUUUCUGGGUCUUAUCAGAAUAUCAUUGUCACUUUAGGCUUGGGUUCCUCGUCAGUCAAAAAUCACAACCGUAAGUAACGGUGAAUCUGUGUUUUGGAAGAGUAAUUUUAUCCCUCAGUAGAACGAUCUUAAGUUCUGUCGAGGAGUUCCUUGGAAGUGUGAUGGUGGUUUUGGUUUCGGUUGGGUGUUUUGCCAAUUCUUGAGGAAUGACUUUCUAUUCUGCCUUGAGACUGAUUUACAGAAACGAGAAAUAAUGUGGGCAUUGGAUUAUGGAUUUUUUUCACACAUCGAUUUUGAUAUAUAUAUAUAUAUAUAUUUAUUUGCUGCCAUUCAGUAAAAAUCAGUACUCUUCCUUUUCCCCGGAAUUUUCCGUAUCAAUCUUGUCUUGGUCAUGCUUUUCCAGCUGCUUUGCUUCUCUCUUUGCCUUGGUGUUACUCUCUGAUCUUGUGACCAUAAGAUCCCGUACUUGAUAUGUUCAGAAGGGGAUUACCUUAUGUGUAGAUGUUUUCUAUGCCCCUAGUUCGCUUAGUUUGUUUAACGUUGAUUGCUAUAGAUGUCACUUGAUCGAAAUUUGGACAUGAUGAUCGAUCAGAGACUAGAGAUCCAUAACUUAGUGCAUAAACUUGAGGUUGGCCAUUGUAGUCUACAUGUAUCUUGCCUUAGAUCCAUUUACAAACAACUUGGAUUAUCUAACCUUAGUCAGGCUAUUUAGAAACGUAGAAAACAGGUAUAGUCUGGAGCAUGGAUUAAUUGGGGAACAAUGAUGGAAUCGCCAUUAAAGUAUAGUCCACUUGAUCAUUUUGUGAUCAUCCCACUUUUGAGAGAGGUAUUUACAGAAAUCUAAGCUUUUUCAAGGUAGAGCAUUAAUGAACAUCAAGGUCGUAAACAGUCACAGCUUGAACCAUGAGUGAAUGGGUCCAAAUUCGGAAUGUUAAUACGGUUCUAUCAUUCUUAUUUUCUUGCUGAUUGGAGAUUGACAUGAUUCUGACAUUCUGUGGGGCGCAUGAUUUCGCUCAAUUCUCAGUCCACCUUUCAGAUAUGGUGCAAGAUCUUGUAUAACUUUACUUUAGUAAUUUACUCAAUUUUACAUCUUGAUCUUUUGUUUCCUGUUUUUUCCAUGAUCAACAUUCUGAUUGGUGAAAUUAUCGGGUCUUCUUUCUCUGAUGCAGAAUGGAUACUCUACAAAGACACAUACCAGUGUAUGGGCCAGACAAUUUAGGAGAAUUGAGGAAAAUUGCCAUGCGAUUUGAGGAGAAAAUUUUUACUGCAUCCUCAAACCAGGUUCCUUCUUGGACAUUUUACGAUAUUUUGUGUAAUUCAUGUUGUGGAAUCUCCUUUAUUCAUUAAGAAAGGUAUCUUAGAUGUCCGUUUCAUGAAAUCGUUUUCUUUUGUUGGAAAAGUCAGGCCUGGGAACUAAAGCGAAUGUGAUUACUAUGGUGAUAUUAGCACGUGGCAUCUUGUUUGUAUAUUUUUCCUGCUUUCGGGCAUAAUGAUCCUUGAUCACAUGGGGGAUUAUUUCUUGUCCAAUUUUCAUUGAUAAUAAAACCUCAAACUCCCAUUUACGUCAAAUAAGUCUGCCCAAUCUUUGAGACAUUUUAGGCCCACAUGGGUAGCACAAUUAGUGUGGCUGUUGAAGGAUCAUAUUUCUUUUGAUAAUCAUUAGAAUAUUUUCAGGAGGAUGAUGUGGGCUAUUUCAUGCCUAAUACUGCAUGGAGCAUAGGGAUUCAGUUGACCUGCCACUUUCUCUCAGUGAUAAGAGGACGAUUUCGUUAGUGGCCUGGGUCUGUAUGGACCAGUCGUUUUCUAAGAGUUAUAUAAGACUUGAACCUUACAGAGCUUGUCGUCCUUCUAUUCAAUAUGUGAUAAUUAGUCUUUUCUGGGAAACUUUUUAUUUAACCCAAUCUGAGAUUUAUUCCUUGAAUUGGCUUUUUCUAUUUGUUUCCUGUACAGACGGAUUAUCUCAGGAAGAUAUCACUAAAAAUGCUUCCAAUGGAAUCAAAGACCCAAAACCCAGGCGGUACCAAUCAAAUGGCAUCAAAUCCCUCAAACCAGAAUACUCCAGAAGGUAUGAAAAUGAACUAA